AUGAUUCAUGCAGUUUUAAUAUUUAAUAAGAAAUGUCAACCAAGAUUGGUGAAAUUCUACACGCCCGUGGAUCUUCCAAAACAGAAACUGCUAUUAGAGCAAGUAUAUGAAUUGAUUUCCCAGAGGAAUAGCGAUUUUCAAAGUUCUUUUUUAGUCACACCACCAUCACUUUUGUUAAGUAAUGAAAGUAAUAAUGAUGAAGUAAACAAUGAAGAUAUUCAGAUCAUCUAUAAAAACUACGCCACACUGUAUUUUACUUUCAUUGUGGAUGAUCAAGAAUCGGAACUGGCCAUAUUAGAUCUGAUCCAAACUUUUGUGGAAUCACUGGACCGUUGUUUUACUGAAGUUAACGAACUUGAUUUGAUUUUCAACUGGCAAACUUUAGAAAGUGUAUUGGAAGAAAUUGUACAGGGUGGUAUGGUCAUCGAAACGAACGUAAACAGAAUAGUUGCUUCCGUUGACGAACUCAACAAAGCUGCUGAAUCCACAGAUAGUAAAAUAGGAAGACUAUCGUCUACUGGAUUUGGAAGUGCACUACAAGCAUUUGCUCAAGGUGGAUUUGCGCAAUGGGCAACCGGGCAGUGA